GCCUACAAGCAAAUGUAAACAGUCAGGAAUCAGCUGGUUUGAGCCAAGGGAAGAGCAACUUUUGGUGAGCUAAGAAUGAAUCGAGUUCAGAAAAACAGGUUGGCCCGGCCUCCUGGGACGCAAGGAGCCGAGCUUGAGAAUCAGUUCAUUCUUCGGCUGCCCUUGUAUUUACAGGCCCAAGCACAAAAUUUGAAGGAAGCUAUUAAGCAGGGACAGACGAAUAUCAAAGACCGACUAUCCAUCCAGUUGGAUUUCACCAACGACAAAGAUGAUAUGCGCAAUGGUAUCAUCACCUUUGAUACCAUCAUGUAUAAAGCAAGGCUUGUGGAUAUCCCAACAAUUAUGGAAACCUGGAAGACCAUUGACGGCAAGAAUUUCUACAAAACAGCUGAUGUUUGUCAGAUGCUGAUGGUACGUGAAGAGGAGGAUCCCCCAGAGGAAGAGGAUCCAAAAAAGAAGCGUCGUGAUCCCAAUAAAGUUGACAAAAAAUACCUCUGGCCCCAUGGUUACACGCCUCCCCUCAAAAAUGUCCGCAAGAGACGUUUCCGCAAAACUCUACGCAAAAAGAACUUAGACCUACCAGAAAUUGAGAAAGAAGUAAAGCGUUUAUUAAGAACAGAUAAUGAAGCCAUUAGUGUGCGGUGGGAGGUUGUACGUGAAGAAGACGAAAAGAAAAAUAAUGCUGACACAAACUUGUCGUCUUCUAACUUGGAUGAACAACUGUUUGGAGAAGUAUUGAGUUCAUCAGAUGAUGAGGUUGGUGCCACAAUCAACAUAUUGGAUGAGGAUGAUGACUCUCGUCUCUCAGUUGAUGACAGCAGAUUCUCCGAGUCAUACAUGAAUGAGACCGGAAAUAGUCCCUCAAGCAAGUCAAGCGCUGCCCCUCUGGUAACCAACUUCUCGGGAAUGUUCUGCAACGAAGGAGACUCGUCGUCCUCCAAGCCUCAGACGCCCACUCCCACAAAGCCUAGCUCUAGCAAAGGCAAAGCCAAGCGCUCAACAGCCGCCAAAAAGACAGUCUCGACAGCAGGCGGGCAUGUCCGACCAACAGAGGAAGGAAGUCAUUCCUCUGAGGGCACCAACAAGCUAUAUGCUCGUUUGUCAACCCUCGAGAAUGAUCUCACUAUGCUGACAUCGCAACGUGCAGCUCAGGAGGCUGAAAUUGCAAAUAUUGAGAAUCUGGCUCUCAAACAGAGAUUCGUGACAAAGUUAGCGGAUAUCGAAACACUGAUUAGAGAGAAGGAAUAUGAGAUCAACGAAGUGAGGAGCAUGCUGCAGGACUGAACACGAGAAGAAAGGAGAACCUCCAUUAUUAUAAAAUGGUAACAACAAUUAAGAUGCAGAAACUAAGAUAGACUGAAUUUAUCUCAUUGUACAUGUAUGUGCGUUCGUGUCUGUGUGUGUUCUUGUGAGUGCAUGCAUAUGUGUAUGUGUGUGUUCUUGUGGGCGUGUGCAUACAUGUAUGUGUGUGUGUAUGUAGGGUAGGGGACAUGCCUGCAUGUCUGACAGUGCCUGUGUGUGUGCCUACAUGAGUGCAAAUGUAUGUAUAUUGUAUCAGUAUGUUUGUUUUCAUCAUCAUUAUGUCGAACAUCAUCAUCAUGUCAAACUAUCAUCAUUAUAGACUGAUUAAUAUGAUUGAUUAUUCUCUUCAAAGCUCUCCAUUCUAUUCAUAUUAAUGAUGCAAAUAGUGUUAUUAGUUUGUCAUUGUAAAUGUUAUUCUGGUAUUGUAAUUGUUUAUACUGUGAAUACUGCCAUCAGUAAUAUUGAUCCAUGUUUUUUUCUAUAUUACUUUUUUCCUUUUUUUCACAAGUUAACUAAAGUACAUAACAAAAUGUAUGCAUUUUUUGCUGUCUGUUGCAGUAAUAUUUGUAAUAAUUUUGUGAUAUGAAAUGAAUAAAAGGGGAUAUUUUAA